AUGAAGGUCACUUUCAAAGAUCUCAAGCAGCAAAAGUUUACGCUCGAUGUCGAGCCCUCAGAGCUGAUCUCUGCCGUCAAGCAGAAGAUUUCCGCCGAAAAGGGAUGGGAGCCUCAGCUGCAGAAGCUUAUCUACUCUGGCAAAAUUCUCAAGGACGAUGAGACUGUCGGAUCUUACAAUAUCGAGGAGAAGGGCUUUGUGGUCUGCAUGGUGAACAAGCCCAAGCCCAAGCCUGCCGAAUCAAGCGCUGCUCCUCCUGCUACACCCGCAGCUCCUCCUACCCGCACUCCCGCUGCACCGGCUGCUCCUGCGCAAUCCUCAUCUCAGCAGGCUGCCGUUCCCGCAACACCCACCCCUCAGCGCUCUGCUGAUGCCGGAUCUGAAGAGCCUUCGGGCCUGGCUAUGGGAUCCCAGCGUACCGAGGCGAUUGCGAAUAUGGAGGCUAUGGGUUUUGAGAGGAGUCAAAUCGAGGCGGCUAUGCGCGCUGCCUUCAACAACCCCGACCGCGCUGUUGAGUACCUGCUUAAUGGCAUUCCCGACAAUAUUCGUCAAGAACAGCAACAACGCGAGGCUGCCCCCGCAGCUCCUGCUUCUCAACCAUCUCAGCCCGCUGCCGCCGCCGCCGCCGCUUCUCAAGGUGGUGAGGAGGGUGGUGUAAACCUGUUCGAUCUUGCUGCUCAGCAUGGAGGCUCCGGUGCUCGAGGAGGAAGCGGCGGUAAUGAAGUCGCUGCAGCGGCUGCCGCAGCUGCUGCUGGUCAGGGUGGUGAUCUGGGCAACCUCGACUUCCUACGACACAACGCCCAGUUCCAGCAACUCCGCCAGAUCGUCCAGCAACAACCGCAAAUGCUUGAGCCCAUUCUUCAGCAGCUUGGUGCUGGCAACCCCCAACUCGCCGAGUUGAUCGCCUCAAAUCCCGACCAAUUCCUUCAGCUUCUUGGUGAAUAUGCCGACGACGACGUUCCUUUGCCGCCUGGAGCUCAGGCUAUUUCAGUCACCGAGGAGGAGCGUGAUGCCAUCGAGAGACUUUGCCGCCUCGGAUUCGACAGAGAUGCCGCCAUCCAGGCUUACUUUGCCUGUGAUAAGAACGAAGAACUCGCUGCCAACUUCCUCUUUGACCAACCGGAGGACGACGAGCCUGGCCCUAACAACUAG